AAUAAAUUUUAUUCUACGUUACUUUUAAACGAUACGAUUUAUGCUUUAUCAACCGCUCAAGGAAAGGCCGGAGUUGCAAUUAUACGUGUUUCUGGCUCUAAUUCUUUACAGGCCAUCGAACAAAUAACUGCUGACUUUUCUGAAAAACCAGUUCCUCGUAAAGCCACGUUAAAAACGAUUAUUCACCCGAAAACUAAAGAAGUAAUUGACCACGGGUUAAUUUUAUGGUUUCCAGGCGAGAAUUUAGUUGAAUUUCAUAUACAUGGAGGUAUUUCCGUUGUGAGAGGUGUAUUAGACGCGCUAGGGAGUAUGGAAAAUUUCAGACACGCAGAAGCUGGGGAAUUCACGCGUAGGGCUUUUGAAAAUGAUAAAUUUGACUUGACGGAAAUCGAGGGCAUUGCCGACUUGUUAAAUGCAGAAACCGAAGCUCAGAGAAGACAAGCAUUACGUCAGGUCCAGGGUGGAUUGAAAAUUUUAUAUGAAGAUUGGAGAAAGCAAUUAAUUAAUAAUAUGGCAUCCAUAGAAGCUAUUAUAGACUUUGGUGAAGAUGAAAAUAUUGAAGAUGGAGUUUUUGAAAAAGUGGCGGAAAAUGUAAAAGUUUUGAAAAAUGUUAUUAUCGAACACUUGAACGAUAAUCGUCGCGGGGAAAUCUUACGAGACGGUAUUCGCGUGACAAUUUUAGGCCCUCCAAAUGUUGGCAAAAGUAGCUUCCUGAAUUAUUUAGCUCAAAGAAAAGCCGCUAUCGUAUCACCGAUUCCCGGGACUACACGUGAUAUCGUCGAAAUUUCUUUGAAUUUUGGAGGGUAUCCAAUAAUAAUCAGCGACACUGCGGGCUUAAGAAAUUCAGAAGAUGAUGUUGAAAUCGAAGGAAUUUCAAGGGCAAAAGAUCG